UUGGAAAGUAUUCUUACUGAGUUCGAGGGUUCGGUUUAUCGCAAUGUGUCAGGCUAUGCCGCGAAAUAUUUCCCAGGUAUUGAUCGAGCAGCCCUACAGAAGCCUGCGAAAUCGAUAUCGCAGCCAAGCGCUCGUACUGGGACCUCGCCACCGACCCUCGGCUCCUCGGAGACCUCACUCGAAUGGAUUUCGGGCUUCCUUUCCCAGCAGACAGCUAACUGUCCCCGUCGAUUCGAGUCUCGAAGCUUCCCAGUCACCGGCGGCGGCGGCGGCAGCAGCAGCAGCAACAAGGAGGCAUGUGCGAAUCUGUCUCUCGUGUCAGAAGAAGACACAAUGGUCUAUCGAGUCUGUCCUGGUUCGGACAUCCUAGUUCUGGGAUCAUUUGAACAUGGUCAUGGCAAAUCACCUAAUGACACAAAUGUUCUGAGGUUUUGCAAAACAGCCCGAGAUUUGCUUAUAACUCGAUCCGAGCGCCGCUUCCUUCCUGCCUUCCACAUUUACAAUUCUACGAUGGAGAUGUGGACUUUCGACAGGGCUGGAGCAGUCAGUAGCGACUCAUUUAACAUCGAAGAAGAACCGGACUACUUCAUAGCUGUCAUCACUUGCUAUACUCGCUUGGACGCAGCCGAUGCUGGUUUGAACUUGAUGCUGAAAGAAGAUGGCCAAGCUAUGUUUAUCGAGCAACAUGACGCGCGAAAAAUAUACAUCGACGACGACGCAUUCGUGAAGCCAGAUUGCCUCGUGGGACCCGGCACAACCUGCUUCAAGGCGCGUGAUGUGGACGUCAAGGUACAAAGACUGGUAGUAAAGUUUGCCUGGAGUGAGUCGGACGACGGAGGAGGUGGAGAACGUAACCUACUAGCAUUCGCGAACAAGCAGAAUGUCUGGGGUAUUCUCAAACUCGAGGGCCACCAGGCUUUAGGAGACGUCGCACAACUUCGACAAGGACUGCAGUUUGAUACUCCGUACCGCUUUCAGCUCUCUCGCCCAGAAAAUCAGGGAGUCGAUGGGGUGAAAACAUUGGUCGCACCGUCGCCCAAGUCUCAUCACGAAACGCUAGAAUCUUCUCACGCGCAUAAGGAGGUAUCGAAACUCGACAACCUCAUAUUUGAAUGCAUUAUCACAUCUCCACUCGGACGGUCAAUUGAUACUUUCUCCACAAUAUCAGUGCUAAUGACCGUCUUUCGCGAUAGUGUCAAAGCACUUCGCUCUCUAUAUCUCGACGCCAAAAUCCUUCAUCGCGAUAUCAGCCGGCAGAAUAUCAUCAUUGUUCCUAAGAUCCCCGGCGAUACAGACCCUGAUAGCCCUACAGAGAUGCUUAUUGACCUGGAUCUCGCUCUCGAUCUUGCAAAUCCGCCGAGCGAAGAAGGACUUGUGGGCUCAGAAGGAUUUAUGGCCGCUGGUUUACUAGGUGGUAACGAUCAUACAUAUCGACAUGAUCUCGAGUCUGUAUUCUACGUCUUCCUGUGGAUAGCUAUUUGCCAUGAUGGGACUACUUCUGAACACAUCCCAGACUCCAGUCGUCUUCAUACGUGGCGCGGCACAGACUUCCUGGCUUCUUUUCAUAGUAAGAGAAAGGACAUGCAGCUAACAGAAUUUCCAAAACUGCUGGAGGAAUUCACAGAGCCGUUCAGGAAAUACGUGCCAUUAGCAACAACUCUUCAUAGGUUGCUCUUUCCGGUCAGGAAUGGCAAGAUUUUCAUUGGUACGGACUUUGAUGGUGAUUCUACGGAGCGAUUAUACGCUGGAAUGAUGACCGCGUUUCAAAGCCACAUAAGCUGAUAGCUACAUUAAAGAUCCAUUGAUGCAUGUCCUUGCGUCCGUGGAGUGCAACGAGCAGCAAUCAUUGAUUUGGCUUGAUUUGGCUUUUCAGGGUCUGGCCCUAUAUAGUCCCACUCCCAGCUGACCUGAACUAAAUAUGUAUUUACAUCACGGGAUCAAAAUCAUUC